CCAAAAAAAGUAAUUUUCAAACCAGAAGAGCUCCACCCACUAAUGAAAUGGAAAUCAAUUGCAAAUAUUGGAGCAGGUUUAUAUAAUAUUGGUAAUACAUGUUUUAUGAACUCUGUUCUCCAAUGCCUUACAUAUUCAUCAGCUUUAGCAAAUUAUAUGAUCUCUGGUGAACAUAGCAAAAAUUGUACCAAUAAAAGUUUUUGUGUUUUCUGUUCUUUAGAAAUUCACAUUAUUGCCAGUCACCAAGCUACUGGUAAAUCUAUAACUCCAUUGGUAAUUGCUAAAAAUAUAGAAAAGGUUGCACCAACAUUUAGAAUUGGUCGUCAAGAAGAUUCCCACGAAUUUUUUUGUUUCGUAAUUGAUUCUCUUCAAAAGGUUUGUCUUGCUAAAUUUCCAAAAGGUUCAAUAAGUCCACGUGAUUCAAUGACAACCGUAAUUGGUUCAAUAUUUGGUGGUUAUCUUAGAAGUCAAGUUAAAUGUACAGUUUGCCAAUAUGAAUCAAAUACAUUCGACGAAUUUAUGGAUUUAUGUGUCGAAAUCAACCAAGCAAACUCCUUAACUAAAGGACUUCAAAAUUUUGUAAAACCAGAAAUCCUUGAUGGCGAAAAUGGCUAUAAAUGUAAAAAAUGUAAAAAGUUGGUUAAAGCAGAAAAAAGUUUACAAAUUGAAAUCUCACCUCCAGUUUUAACAGUUCAAAUUAAACGUUUCUCAUUUUUGAAUUCAUAUGGUGGUAAAGAUAAUAAGCAUAUUCAAUUUUGUCAAACUUUAGACCUUUCACCAUAUAUGACCCAAACAAAUGAUCAUUCAAUCUAUGAUUUAAAUUCAGUAUUGGUUCAUUUAGGUGAUAGCACAAAUUCAGGUCAUUAUUACUGCUAUGUUAAAGGUUCAAAUGGUGUUUGGUAUAAAAUGGAUGAUUCAAUGGUUUCACAAGUUAGUUUACAAACUGUUUUACGUUCAAAGGCCUAUAUGUUAUUCUAUACCAAG